CUCACGAAGAAUUGAAAGCUAGUCAUAGCUGUCAAAGCUGCAAAAUUCGAAAACAUGUUACAAUAGGGCGAAUCCAGCGUGGAGCUUUGACGAGAGAUUCGGAGAACCCGCCAGAAUGAGAAGCCGGAAGCCACGCGACUUGGACGAGCCGACGGCCACCAUCCUGGCCAGCGAUGCCUUUGUGCUGGAGGAGGAUGGUCAGCAGCAGCAGCAGCAGCAGGAGGAGGAGUCGCAGCAGCAGAAGUCGCAGCAGCAGCAGCAGCAGGAUCAGGCGGCGCAGGAGCAGAACUCCAAGGCGGCGCAAAAUCCGGAGACCUCAGCUGGUGCGGGUGGCAAUCCCGUCCAGGAUCCCAGCCAGGAGCAGAACCAGGAUCAGGAUGCGCCCAAGAAGCGCUGCGACAAGUGCGGCAAGAAGCUGGGACUCACCGGCGGUUUCCCAUGCCGCUGCGGCGGCACCUUUUGCACCGUUCACCGUUAUAGCGAUCGGCACGAGUGCAACUUCGAUUACCGAGAGCUCGGCGCCAGCGAAAUCCGGCGGGAUAAUCCCGUUGUUGUGGCUGAAAAGCUGCGCAAACUUUGACCUCAUCACCAAGAGCCUCGACAAAAAACAUUUCAACGGAAAAGAGCUGAAUAUGUAAAGCAAACACUUGGUUGCCUAAGAUAAUAAAAAAUAUUUGAUAUCUUAUAA